ACUAUCAAUAAAUCGAUGAUGGCCAACGGGCCAAUCAUCGAAUAAAUAACCGAAAAAACAUAGUAUUGUCUCAGUUCCAAGAAAUAUCCCUUUUUUAUUGAAAUUUUGGGGCAUAGAAAACAACUUUGGCGGUACUUUGAAAUUUUUACGAUAUAAAUGAUCUAUUUCACAUGAAAAAUGAAAUGUCUUUUGGAUGCAACAAGUGUUAAAGUUUUGGCGAGAGCGAUACAUUGUUUAGCUAAAAUUGGCGACGAGUUACAUAUAGAACCGACCGAAAAUGGGUUAACUUUGAAAACUGUCAAUGCAUCCAAAUCUGCCUAUUCAGCUUUUAAUUUUCAUUUACCAUUCUUCCUUGACUUUUGCCACAUAAGUGAAAACACCAUUCAGGCUGAUCCCGAUGAGGAUACUGUGAUCAAAUGUAAACUUCCCAUGAAGUCCAUCUUGUCUGUGUUUCGAUCUAUUGGAAGUUUGGAAAAAUCAGUUGAAACAUGUAACAUAAUGUUACCACUUUUGGAAGCACUAUUAAUCAUUGAGUUCAAAUGUAAACAUGGCAUCAUUAAGCACUUUAACUUGCGAUACUUUGAAUGUGAAAGUGUUGAAGCAGAAUUUUGUAAAAGUGGCUAUGCUAGCAAAUUCUCCUGCUCAUCACGCUUUUAUAGUGAAACUCUUCUAAGUUUUCAUUCAAGCACUCAAGAAGUCACUUGGUCACUUGCGAUGGAUCAAGUACACUUGAGCAACCACAUUGAUGAUGAAAUAGAUCCAUCUAAAUGUGUACGUACUGAAGUUACAUUAGCCAAAGAUGAAUUUGUUGAUUUCAAUGUCGCCCUUUGUACUCAAGUAACCUUUUGUUUGAAAGAAUUACGGGCUAUCUUAGCCUUCGCAGAAGCUUUAAAACUAGAUCUUGAUUGUCGAAUGGAAGGCGCUGGACAGUAUGAGAAAUUUAUUUUUACCUUGAUGCCUGUUCUGUUCAGCUUAGAAAAGGCGAACUUGUAUUCAGCUGAUUUCCUUUUGGCAACUUUAACACCUGUUUUGGAUUCUACUGCCACCAGUUCUCGAACUACCAACAACCAACGGAAAAAUUACGUCUCGACACAAAGCGAUGUCUCGAAGCACUCAUCUCCAGUCCCCGUCCUAAGAGAUAAAGCUGAUUCCAGGACUGUUUCUUGUGUGAAUUUACAAACUACUCUAGUGCCAAUUGUUUCUGAAAGCCCGUGUCACACUUCUCGUCUGGACAGUUUAUCUCUCAUUGAGCCUCAACCAUUUCCUGCGAUGGAAGACGAUUUGGAUCUUGAAAUACAGCCGCCUCCGCCCAAGAGAGCCCGGGCUCGCUACAUAUUCCAGAAUUGUCUGAAAGCUACACAAGAACUUAGGGAAAGACCAUGUGAAGUAUUUGCGCCUGAUUCAGAAGGGGAUGAAUAACCAGAAGAAAAGCCACUUGUUUGUACGUGCAUUUGUACAUUUUCAUAAUAUUUUUUUUUGUCUCUAUAGGUUCACUAGGUAACCUUUUAUGUCGAAAUUCUGUAACUCACAAACGUUAAACGCGAUUAAUGUUGAUCUCUUCA